UAUUAAGUAAUCCGACACGGCCUUGGCGGAUAAACAUUGGGCAUUGAUAGUUUGUUUAGUUGUAAUCUGAAAUCGAGGCAUGCAUCACCUGCGCAGUGUGUUCUGGAAGGAAAAAGAGGAGAAGGCGAAAUUCAAGUUGGAAUCUAAGGAAAAGUUAAAAGAUGACAAGAAGGAGAAAGUGAAGGAGGAGAAAAAAGAAAAAGUGAAGGAGAAGGAAAAGGAAAAAGAUAAGGUCAAAGAGAAAGACAAGGAGAAGAUAAAAGAAAAGGAUAAAGACAAGAAGGAGAAGAAGUUGACUAAAAUUCCUUCCACCGUCACAUCGGGUGUGCCGUUUGAAGAGAUAUUCACAUUGGGAGUUGCGCUGCCGAUAUUCGGAGUGCCUCUCCAGCAGUCGGUGGAACGCGCCCGGUGCCAUGACGACACAGGGCUGCCGCUUGUCGUACGAGACAGCAUUGAUUACUUGCAGGCGCAUGGAUUGAAAAGUAACCAGAUCUACCGCAGCGAGCCCGAUAAGAUAAAGCUGCAGCAGCUCAGGAAACUGUACACGGACCGUGGCGCUGCCUUUCCCUAUCACUGGGAUAUUCCCGUGGCCUGCGCUAUACUCAAGAACUUUAUCAGUGAGCUACCGGAGUCAAUAUUGACACAAGAGUUGCACGGCCAGUUCGAGCAGGCCGCAGCGAUCGCCGAGCCUCAACGCGAGAGCGCGGUUGUCGCUCUCAUUGGCCGGCUUCCGCAACACAACCACGCCCUUGUUGCUUGGCUGUGCUGCCAUCUGCGAGCCGUACUCGACAACGAGCAGUAUAACCACGUGAACAUACAAACGAUAAUGACGUCACUGGGCCCCGCACUGGGCAUGUCACAGAAUCUGCUGGCCUACCUAAUAGCCAACAAGGACAAACUAUUCCCAGAUGUGAAGUUGACUAGAUAUGUGCCACCCCUACAGUCUCUGCCAGCUGAUUGGAUUGAUCGCGCCAGUGAGUCGGAGCUGAGCACAGAGCUGGGGAAGCAGGAGUCAUUGUUGCGUCAGAUCCACGCGGAGAUGCACGCGGGCUUCAUCACCGCUGCGAGGGACCAUCAGCUGUGGGAGGCGCAACGCAUUGUCACACAGCUCAAGAGAAAACUACGCUCAGUGCAAAAAUCAGUAGAGCCUACAUCGCUGCCUUCACAGCAUCUGUCAGUCGACGAGCAUCAAACAAUACCGAGCAUAGAAGAAACGAACGCACAAACAAACGAACAGACAAUCGAACAAGAAGACAUAACACCCACCUCGCAGUCCUGUGAUGUGCCAGAUGUUAAAGAACCUUCAAAUGACCCCACAUUCCCAGUUGACUUCGAAUCACAGAAACCACAAGAAGCUGUCUUCCCAGUUGAAUUCGAAGACACCUUCGCUUUUGAAGCUAAAGAGACAGAACCGGAGUCACAAGAGAAACCAAAGCUGAGCGAAAAAGAACUGAAAGUACUAAGACUGCAGUUGGAAAAUGCUGAAUACUUACAACUCAAAUCGUUGCUGCAGGCAAAAAUCAACUCAGAACAGUUCGAAAUUGUCAAACUUAGAAGUCAUGUUGCCUUGAAGAAUAAGCAAGAUAAUUUGCAGAAUAAAGAAAAGGACAACUCCAGCCAAGAAGACCAGGAAUUGAAACAGAAGUUGAUGAAAGAGAACGCGAUGUUGGAGCAGAAGAGACUGAAUUUGAUCAAUCAGAUAUUCCAAGAGAGAGUUGCUUGUGUGCAGCUGAAAAUUGAACUUGCGAUGAAUGAAAUUAUGUCUAAGUCGUAAUGCAAAAAGAUCUUAUUAAUUUAUUUAUUGUUUAGCUUAAGCAAUAAUUUUGUCAUAAAUAAUAUAUCAUUAUAUUUUACACAA